UCGGGGGUCCCUCAGCCUUCGAUAGGAGUUUGAGGACUGCCUGAAUCGAAAAGUGACUUAGGAAAAUGGCGGCGCGCAGCAGGCAGUGGGGAGGGCAGCACGGCCCGGGUUUUUAUUUGAGAAAGGGGCUGUUAUAUGAAGUAUCUCUGCUGUGAUAGGAGUCAGAUCGAAACGCCUGAGAAAGACAGCACUGCUGUUGUACCAAAUGGGAUACAUUAGUAGUUUCUUGGUUCACGUACAUUGUUGUUUAAAUUGAGACGGUUUGGCUUUGUGUAUGUCACAAAAAUACAAAUAAGGAAUAUGUGUCUAAUAAUAUAUUCACCCACACAGCACUGACCGUGCGGACACCAGUAUGUCCGUAACCUUGGUGUUCAGCUUCCUAGGUAUUUGUUUAAGUGCGAACAUUAAAUAAAAUUUCAGAUCGUUGUUUUAUUAUAACAUAAUUCCUUGUUCACCAGGCCUGGUUACAGUGUCGGCACAUGUUCCUACAAAACUAGAGCUACUACAGUGCUAGGCUAACCAUUAUUGGAAUGCUUACAAUGAGAUAGCCAACUAGCGAAUUGUUACUGUGAUAAGAAAGGAUUAAUGAACGAUUAUUAGCAAAAGUAGUACUAUGGCGAUUGGCUCCUAAUAACUGAAUAGUCACCAUUUCGGUCUUUGUUACGAAUUAAUUGGGAAGCGCGUUCAGAUACGCUGCGCUUUCACAACAUACGGUCCACCAUGUUGAAUUAACAUACUUCAGUUUUUUUUCAUGUUACCAAAUUCCUCCCUAAAAGCGUUUUAAAUAACACAAAAACGGCAAUCUCAGAUAUCUAGCUACUUGUUCACUAAACACUUAAUAAGGUCUCAGAGUUUAACCGAAGAGGAGAAUCCAAUGCUGAAGUGCCACGAUAGUUCACCCAAUAUCGGUCCCGAUGUUAAUAUUUAUUACGCUAUUGAAACAGCACGCCAGAAGAUGUUAGUGUCUUUCCAAAUAAAUACUACAUUUGAAACAAUAUGUUUUUUGGUUACCAUAAAUGUAGCUUUAUAGUUACCGUAAGAGACUGUAGUACAUAAACACACUGACUGCCUCAGUGUCCUUGCGAUUAAGGCAGUGGUUUCACAAGUGAAAAUAAAACUAUGAGAAACACUUAAGUCUUAAGACCAGCUGAAUUUAUAGUAUCCUAGCUCACAAUACCCUUUGCAGUAUACUCAGCAAUGCUUAUUUGUUUGGUGAAUCACAAGGUCACUGUCAUCUUGUAGGUGUAGUUUGUUAAGGUAGGUGUUGAGGUUCUUCUUGCAUAUAAUCAGUGGUUGCACUGUUCUUAUGUGUUUUAUGUUUACUGGUCUGUUAGGAACUAGGUAAGGAAAAACAACUGAUUUUGUCAUUCAGGGUUCAGAGAAGUACCACAACAAAAUUAUAAGUUGCACAGAAGGAGGAGUAUUGGACAAUAGCAGAUUGCAAAUUACAUAUUAAAAGUAAGCAGGGGCCAUAAGAUGGAAAACGCAUCUUAGACCAGAGGAAAAGGUGGUGUGUAGUAGUAGUGUCAGUACUACUGGUAGUAAAGUGUCCUACAUUUGUGAAAGCAAACAGGUUGAGGAGAUCAGUGGUAUUAAGGUGAAAAGAAAAUUGGUCUGAUCCCUGGGGAGUAUCUUUCAAGAAAGGAGUAAGGUCAAAAUGGAUUCAGAGGACAAUGAGGUGGAGAGCAGCAGUGAUGCAGGCCCGUCUGGUCUGGAGCAGCCCUCAGAAAGUGGUAUGGGCAUGGAGUCAUCGGAAGCCAUGUCUGCCGACAGCAGCGACACUGCAACUGUGCCCACCUUGGCACCCGAGUCAGACUCCCAUGUAGGACAGAGCUCAGAAGGGCUUGUGGAGCUGAUACCUGAGACCAGCUCUAGCACUGAUGUGCGGGGCAUGAUUCAUCUCCCAGACUCCUCCUCUGUGGCCCAGUCAACAAGUGUGUCCAGUGUCUCCACGGUGACACAGUCUAUCCUGGUCUCCGAGUCGGCCCAAGUGCUGGUUCACUCCAGCGUGGUGUCAGAUGGGGGGAUGAUCGUGUCAGACUCCACUGCCUCCACUUCUUCAGACCUUGGAUCAGCUAUUGACAAGAUAAUUGAGUCUACCAUAGGACCUGACAUAAUAAACGGUUGUAUUGCAGUGACAAGUGCAGAGGAUGGAGAUGCUGAGACUACUCAGUAUCUUAUUCUGCAAGGUCCCGAUGAUGGUGCCCCCAUGGUGUCUGAAAUGUCUUCUACUGCUCUGUCUAAUCGCAUCACCAUCGAUGCCCUUGCGGAAGGACCGACAUCCACUUGCCUGGAGCAGUCCGACAUUGUGGAAGACGGGAGGAGCAUGCUGCCCGACCACGAAGCCAUGGACCCAGAUCAGCCUGACCAGCCGGGCCACUCUGGCUACACUGACCAGGAAGACAGCAUGGGUGUGUGCCACUUGCGCCGGCCCCAGCGUUCUCGAGGCUUGGACUGCGCUGAGGAGGGGCCUGAUCAGACACGCCAUUCCCACUACGUUGACUGUGGGGUGGAUGGGCCGGACAAUUCAGAGCUUCACUCGAGGGGCCCUAGGCCCUCACCUCAUUCCAGAGUGCACCAAUCCCGCUAUCUAGAGAGUGAGCCCGAUCGAGUUGGUCACCCACAGCACUCACAAUACAUCGAUUGCAGCUCAGAUAGCUCGAGCCGGCCACAGGAGUACCUGGAGUGCGUGACUGGUGGACCCGACCAGACCCAGCACUCGCAGUACAUGGAAUGCUGCAUGGAUGACCCAGACCAGACGCAGAACUCCCAGGACCAGCCGCAACAUUCCUGCUACAUUGAGUGCAGCAUGUCCCAGGGCUCCAUCUAUGUGGAGGAGAGCUCAUUGGAUUGUCCUGACCAGCCCCAGCACUCCAGCUAUAUGGAGGGUAGCAGUGUCAACGUGGAUGAUAGCACACCUUCUCACAACUCGGAUCAGCCACAAGAUUACCACUAUGUGGGUAGUGGUGAGGACCAGCCUAGUCAAUUCAUUGGUAGCACAGGCAGGUACUCAUCACAUCCUAAUGAGGUCGUUUCACCGGGAGACGGUGAGCUCCCAGAGAGACCGAGUCACUCGGAGGCCCAUGGUUCAGGGGUUGCCGGACCUGAAACGGGCGCUGGGCUCAGGGAUCAGCCUCCAGACCUGGCAGAGCUGGAGGAGAUGAUGGAGGUGGUGGUUGUGCAGCAAUUCAAAUGCAAAAUGUGUCCAUACAAGAGCGUAUCCAAAGACACCCUCAUCAACCACAUGAGAGACAAGCAUUUCAAGCAUGCAGGUGGGCCGCCGCCCAAGAAGAGAGGUCGAGGGCGGCCACGCCGCAGUGAUUCGGCCACUGCUCAGAAAAACGAGACAAAGACUGAGGAGCCGCUGGAGGAAGACGACGAUGACAUCGUUGAUGCUGGCGCCAUUGACGAUGCCGCAGACGACAGCGACUAUAACCCUGCUGAUGAGGACUGCAGGGGGCGCCAACCGGCGCUACUCCGAAGUGUUCCAUCUUCUUCCAGCCUAUCCCACGAGCGACCACGGCGUCGGGUGGUGCGGCCCAGGAAGUUUCCGUACUACAUGAAUAAUUCCCGUAGCCAAGAAGCAGCAGCAGAUACCUCAGUAAUGCCUGAGCAAAAUAAGAAUUUAGAUCCCCAGGCGCCCGAGGAGGCCAGUUCCUCUGGGCUGGAUAGUGGACCCGUCUCCUCAGCCAAUGGACACGGAGCUGAACCUGGCAUCAGCCAGUCUGAUUCUGAGAACAAAGAUCCAUCCUCAAAUACAGGACCAGAAGAGGCUGAAUAUUAUCCCAGAAAGCGGGGGCGACCUUCCAAGCGAUUUCUUCGUAAGAAGUAUAAGAAGUACCUGAACCGCAAUAGGUACUACAAAUCCCUGAAGCCUUUGCUGAGACCCCAUAAUUGCCGGAUAUGUGGCUCUCGGUUUCUGUCUCAGGAAGACCUUCGCUUUCACAUAGAGUCUCAUGAUGGCAAUGACCCAGAGAGGUUCAAGUGCCUGCAAUGCAGCUACAGGUGCAAACGCUGGUCUUCGCUGAAGGAACACAUGUUCAACCAUGAGGGAACAAAACCGUACAAGUGUGACGAGUGUGACUACACUAGCGUGUACAAGAAGGAUGUCAUUCGUCACUCUGCCGUUCACAGCAAAGACAAGAAGAAGAAAUGUGACCAGGCUUGUUUCGGUGUCCUGCAGGCCCCGAAGGUCACGCAGUACCCCUGCCCGGUGUGCAGCAGGGUGUACCCCAUGCAGAAGCGCCUCACCCAGCACAUGAAAACGCACAGCUCAGAAAAGCCACAUAUGUGCGACAAGUGUGGAAAGUCCUUCAAGAAACGGUACACUUUCAAAAUGCAUCUUCUCACACACAUCCAGAGCUACGGCAACAGCAGGUUCAAAUGCGAGUUCUGCGAGUACACAUGUGACAACAAGAAGCUACUGCUGAACCAUCAGCUGUCACAUACAAGUGACAAGCCGUUUAAGUGUGACUACUGCAAGUACUCCACCACGAAGGAGGACUUCCUGGUUUCCCACAUGGCCAUCAAGCACACUGGUGAGAAGCCAUUCUCCUGUGACUUCUGCCACUUCAUGACCAAGCACAAAAAGAACCUGCGGCUGCACAUCCAGUGUCGCCACCUAGAUGCCUUCGACGACUGGUGCAUGACGCACCCUGAGGAGCCCCCCCGCCGGCGCCGGCCCUUCUUCACGCUGCAGCAGAUCGAGGAGCUCAAGCAGCAGCAUGACCACACGCAGGCUGUGCAGGACGCCAUCCGCGGGCCCGUUGUGUCCGUGGACCCCAUCGAGUUCCAAGCACUUCAGACUAUGGAGAAUGCGUCCGUCUCCCAAGAUUCCCUGGGAAAUACCACCAUAAUCUACGAACAUGGAGACUCCUCAGACCUCUCUGCGCAGAACGCGCUGGACCUGCUGCUGAACAUGAGCAACCCGCGAGAUCUGGCAGGGGGUUCACUGCAGGUGGCCGUGCUGAAGUCGGACAUCGACGGCUCUGCCACAGAGGAGGCUGUCUCAGCGGGGCAGGCCCAGAAGGUCGUGACCUUCCACGUGGCAGAGCAUGGCGCCGCCUUGGAGGCCGCGGCCGUGGACGAGGCCGGGGAGAUCGAGCAGAUCUCCAUCAACGCCUACCAGGGUGCGGAUUUUGAGCAGGUUGGGGAAGAAAUCCAGAACAGCGCCACCAUUUACAGCAGCGCGGAGGGGAGCCCCGGGUCGCACCCCAUUGUCGUAAGCAGCGGCUCUCUCUCCGGCACUAUCAAAGAGCACAAGGGCAAGUACUACCUGACGACGGGGAUCGGAGGGAGCGCCGUGCAGCAGGUGGAGCUGAGCACUGAAGACCCCGGCUCCCCCUCCCCGGGCGGCUCACCUCAGCAGCAGGUCAACUCCAAGCGCUUCUCCUGCCGAAUCUGUAUGGAGUCUUUCCAUGGACGCUCUGACAUGGAGAGCCACAAGAGGGCGCACGUGGACCCCAGCACUUUCAAGUGCCCCGACUGCAACUUCACCGCGUCCUCCUGGCCGGAAGUAAAAAUGCACAUGGGCAUGCAUGCCUACCUGCGGCCGCACAAGUGUGAACACUGCAGCUUCGCCUCCAAGAACAAAAAGGACCUACGGCGUCACACGAUGACUCACACCAACGAGAAGCCCUUCGCCUGCGAGGUCUGCGGGCAGAGGUUCAACCGUAACGGACACCUGAAGUUCCACAUGGAGAGGCUGCACAGCCUGGACCCGCCCCCACGCAAAGUGCGACCAAGCUCGUCUCAGCAGGCCAUCAUCGUGAACAGUGACGAGGAGGCGCUGGCCACGCUUCAGACAGCUCUGCAGGCCGGGCAAACGGUCCUCACCCCCGAGCGGCUCCAGCAGGCCCUGGCCCAGGAGCAUAUCAUUGUAGCCCAAGAGCAGAGCCUCUCGGACCAGGAGGAAGCUACGUACAUCCAGCAGAUCACCACGGUUGAUGGGCAGACUGUGCAGCACCUGGUCACGGCUGAGAACCAGGUCACUGAGGUUCAAUACAUAAUCUCCCAAGAUGGAGUCCAGCAUCUAAUCCCACAAGAAUAUGUGGUCGUUUCUGACGGCAACCACAUCCAGAUGCAGGAUGGACAGAUAGCUCACAUCCAGUACGACCAAGGAGGAACUUUCCUUCAGGAGCAGCAGAUCGCCCUGAGUCAUGACGGCCACAUCCAGUAUGUUCCUAUCAGCUCGGAGCAGCAGAUUGUCAGCCAAGAGGAUCUAGAAGCUGCUGCCCACUCUGCUGUGACUGCCGUGGCGGAUGCAGCCAUGGCACAGGCGCAGACGGUGUACGCAACGGAGGCCACACCGGAGCAGCUGGAGCAGAUGCAGCAGCAAGGCAUCCAGUACGACGUCAUCACAUUCACGGAAGAGUAGUGGCCAGCUAAGAGACCUCCCUCACUUGUAGCGUAAUAGGUCAUGGGUCAGGUUUAAAAUCUGAGUUUUAAUCAUUCUUAGCAGUGUUCAUUUUGAAAUGUGAGCUUGGUGAAACGGUAACAAUAGCAGCUUUUCGUUUGUUUCGCUGGAGCAUAGUAUACCACAAAGACUGGAUGCUAAUUCAGCAGGUUCAUUUGGGAUUUUUAUUUAUGCCAUUUUCUUUGUAUAAUAUAUAAAGAUUGAAUGUAAAUACUAUAGCCUGUUUGCAGCAAAAGAAUUUAGUAUGGUUUCUGAGGAAUCAUAGUGUAGCAGAAUGAUGGUCAAUUGGAACUUGUAAGGGGUUCAGGUUUCGGACUCUGCUUUAAUUAUUUUUUUUGCGAUUACCAUUCGAUUGUUUCGCAGUGUUAUGAGAAUCCCGGCAUGUACAGAAACAAUGGACUUAAAUAAACCAGUAUAAUUUUCUUGGCUCUGAGCACACAAUACGUAAGAUGUUGUUUUUUUAAUUUCCUUUGUCUUUUGGGUUGCAAUGUUGUAAAUUCGAUUCUCUUUUAGGAACUACAGCAUUGCUGUAAAACACUUUGGACUACUGAUAGGAUACAGGAUGUAUAAUUUUACUUUGUAUAAUAUUGCUAUUUUGUUCUUUUGUGAAUUGCUACAUUGCAAUUGUACAGCGAAAAAUACGAAUAUAGAAUACUAUAAGCUUAUACCAAAGACAAUACUGAUUUCAUUUACAGUAGUGCGCAAUGCUUGUUACAACUGUAAAAAAAAAAAAAAAAGAUAUUGACCAUCAAAUUGUAUAUACACAUUUCCAUUUGAGGUGAUUAAGCCAUUUAAAUUUAACCUUUAAAAUAAGUACCAUGUUGUAUAAAGGGGUGACAAGUUCAAAAUUACGAAUGUAUAUUCACAGGGAUUGUUAGCCUCCAAUCAAUGUGAUAUGCAAGGAAAUAUACGAUUGAUACAACACAAAUUAGUGCUGUAAUAAUGUUAAGAAUUUAGUUCUGUACACAUAAUUUUAAGGUUAUUUUGAUAACCUUCCCUAAAUAAUUCAGAGAUUCAGAGGUUUAAAGAUUAUGAAAUGACGUGCUCCCAAAAUAACCAUAUUUCUGGUGCAGCCACCAAGAAACUGUAAAGCAAUAGCAAUGAUGAAAUAAUUCAAUCGGUUGCUUCUACGUUAAAUGGAAAAUAAAACUAUAUGCCAGAAAUAAAACGUCAA